GAGAAGGGGAUCCCAGUACUCUGUGUGGACUGGAUAGAGAAGGAGGAUCAGUACUAUUGUGGGUCAGGUCAGGUGUCCCCCUAUAGUCAGGGAUCAGCAGGCUCUGCACUGGGGGAGGGGUUGCUGUAUUGGGAUCUCUGUAGAGACAAUGAUUAUUACAGAGUGGAUUUAUGGCCAUAUUUCUGCUCAUCAGUACAGAGCCGGUACAACCCUUCUUGCCUGAAGCCUCCUUUGAAAAAUAGAUGAAAAAGAUACUUGCUUUUAUAUUUGCGUCCAUAUUUAUUUUUUAGUAUUGCCCCUUUGUAUUUCAUAGAACAGAAAACACAACUCGAUUGAAGGUAAAAUAAUAAUACAAGGAAAAACUUCUGCAUAAAUCACCUGGCUAAAGAUGGAGACCGAGAGGAAACACGCAACAGAGAGGAUACUAAACCUCACCAUGGAGAUCAUCUACCUGCUGACCGGAGAGAAUUAUAUAGCUUUCAAGUUAUCUGAAGGCUUGGUUGCUUCCAAUAUGGCGAAGAUUCGAAGCCCCGUUCUAGAACCUCCAUCUAACUCGCUGAGAAAGAACAAGAAGGUCCAGGAAGUCACCAGUGAGAUCAUAGAGCUGCUGACAGGAGAGGUUCUCAUUAGGUGUCAGGAUGCAGCCGGUUGUUUCUCCAUGGAGGAGUGGGAUUAUUUAGGAGGACACAUGGAUCUGUUCAAGGACAUCACGAUGGCGAACCGGCCGUCCCUCACAUCCCCGGGAGAAAACCAGGCCGCCUGGAGGAAAUCUGCACCAAAAUGGGGAGAGCAUACAAACUUUAUGCAGGAAGUGUCCAUGGUGGGACUCCAGGCCUCGGCAUUUCAAGAUGGAUCCAGUAACAGGAAUCCCCCAGACAGAUGUCCCCGUCCUCCGUAUUCCUGGAAUUCCACUCGGGAACAACACAAGAUCCCUCAUCAUUAUCAGGUUUCACUGGAUGCACGCCAGAUUGACAGUAGAACAGAAGCUAGAAAAGAAGUAGAAGAGGUAUAUGUGAGAGACGAGUCAUGUAAGGUGGUGGAAAUCCCUCCAGAGAUCGGCCCAGAGACCAGAACAAUUGCUAUAAAUGUCAGCGCGGCGGACGAUGAAGUAAUAUGUGUGAAGAUUGAAGAGGAUGAAAUGCCUAUAAAUAUUAGCACAGAUGUUCAAGGCAGUGAUUAUAACCCGAAGAAACACCAUAUCCUCUUUCCAGAAAACGAAAUCGAUGGUAAUGGCAUCACGACGGCGGCUCUGGAGAAAAACCCCGUUACCUCGAAUCACCAUCCCGUACUUCUCAGUACAGAUCUAUUCUCUCACCCCUCCACGCACGGAAUGAGUCUAACCAAUCAGCCGCCUCCUCUAACCCACCUUCCAGAUCACAGAGUGGGCCCAGUGUUCCCGUGUUCCAUUUGCGGCAAAUGUUUUAGCUGGAAAGGGAGUCUAGUCGAACACCAGAGGAUUCAUACCGGGGAGAAGCCGUACUCGUGUUCGGAAUGCGGGAAAUGUUUUUCCAAAAAGACCAAGCUUACUUUACAUCAGAGAACCCACACGGGAGAGAGGCCAUACGGGUGCACGGAGUGCGGCAAACGUUUCGCCAGGAGGGACCAUCUGACUAUACACCAGAGGACCCACACGGGCGUGAAGCCGUAUUCGUGUACGGAGUGCGGAAAGUGUUUCAGCCAGAGAGCCUUUCUGAUCGUACACCAGAGGGCGCACACGGGGGUGAAGCCAUACUCCUGUACGGAGUGUGGGAAGUGUUUUACGGGAAAGGCCCAUCUUCUCGCACACCAGAGAACUCAUACCGGGGAAAAGCCGCAUUCGUGCUCAGAAUGCGGGAAAUGUUUUACGGAAAGGUCUCAACUUCUUAGGCAUCGGAUGAGUCACUCGGGCGUCCGUCCGUUUUCGUGUCCGGUGUGCGAGAUACAUUUUACCAGCAAAUUGAGUUUGGAUAGACAUUUGCCCCUCCACACAAGCGGUAACCCGCACGCGUUUCCCGAGUGAGUAAAACGGCUCUUCUUGACUGGAGACUCCUGUGUCAAAAAACGCAGUUUUUUUCUACAUUUGCGCUAAAUCUUUAUAUUUCUUCUGCUCUUUAAGCAGAAAGAAAACUCCUUCUUUUUUUGCCUAUUUGUGGACAGGAACGAUAGCAUACGGCUAUUACUUUUAUUUGUAUCAGAGAAAGUUUCCCCGGUGGGGUUUUUAGGCAGCUCAAAUUGACAAAUUAGAUGCGAUUGGUGAAAAAA